GUCCCUUACAACGAUGGACCGUCUUCCACAGCUUCGUGCGGCCGCCGGCUUGGGACCGCUGCCCGUCUCCGCACUCGUCACCUCGACCCCACCACCCGAGUCGGCCAAAAACUUUAGCCUGCCCGAAGCGCCGGUCACGAUUACCUUCAAGGAGCCGCCGAGCGAAAUCGACCAGGACACGAUGGAAACCCUCGCGGCCUUCUACAAGGACGCGGCGGAGGUGCAGGGCUGCGUCUCGACCAUUCGGACCGUCAUGCAGGAGUUGCAGCAGAGACACUCGGAGAACAUGCAGACGGUGGAUGAGGCGCGGUCUAAGGUUCUGCGAGGCGAGAUCGAUGACCUGUCGCGGCAGACCAGCGAUACGGCGAAGGCGGCAAAGGACAAGCUCGACGCGAUGUCGAAGAACACCGCGAAGCUGAAGGAGACUCCGGACAGCAUCGCCGCCAAUAGCGCCAUCAUCCGCAUCGAGGAGAACCAGUACACGCACCUGGUGCUGAAGCUGACGGUGGCCAUGGCGGAGUAUCAGCGGCACCAGGCGGCGAACGAGGCGUUCUACAAGGCGCAGACGCAGCGGCAGAUCAAGAUCAAGUACACGAACCCGGACGGCAGCGCCAUCGAUGACGCGACGGCGGCGCAGCUAGCCGAGCAGGUGCUGGAGAACAACACGACGAGCUACAUCUUUCAGCAGAGCAAAGACGUUCUCGCCUCCAUCAUCGAGACGCGCAACGACAUUUACCGCAUUGAGCAGUCGAUGCGGGACCUGAACCAGCUCUUCAACGAUCUCGCCUUCUUAGUAAACGAGCAGGGUGAGCUGAUGGAUGUAAUAUUGGCAAACGUUCAACAAAGUACGCGCUACGUAGAGAAAGGUCGCGAGGAGCUGAAGAAAGCUCGAAAGUAUCAGAAGAAGAGUCGGAAGAAGUUGAUCUGUUUAAUCGUGUGUGUGUGCAUCGUCAUUGCACUGUUUGUUGUUGUUGGUGUGUUAGCCGGUACUCUUAAAGUGCAUUAG